AUGAACAGAUUGAAUGGAAGCAAGUCUGGAUUAGAGGAUGAUGGAAAAGGUGAAAUAGAUAGCAUUAAUGAAAUAAAAGAGUAUAAUGAGACAAGUGAACAUAGUGUGCAUAAUGGCUCGUGGGAGGAAAUUGAGGUAAAUAUAGUGAGGGAGAAAAAUACACAGAAGGAUGAGGAUGAACAAAUUGGGAAAAAUGAAGCCCCUGGUCAAGCUAGGAUAAAUGAGUCUAGCGAACAACAAGGACAUCAAGAACAAGAGAUAACGCUGAAUCAUUCUUGCAAGCAUACCGAGGACGAUAUGGAAAAGGAUGACACGAGUUUAUAUGGAAAUGUAGAAUUGAAACAAAGUCGUGAAACAGUCAACAUCAUCAACGAAUGUACAGAAGAAAAAAAUGAAAAAAGCAGUAAUAAAUCCUCAACAUACCUUGAAGAUGAUAAAAGAAAAAAAAAAAAGGAUAUGAUUUCUAUUACUUAUAACGACAACCCUAUUGAUAAGAAGUUAACUUAUAGUGUAAAAGGAAAAAAACCCAAAAGUGGAGGAGAAAAAAUGAUACCUAAAUUUUUUGGAUUAGACCAUUUACAUAAUGACAUGAAUAAAGAAGAAAUGAAUACGAGCAAGCAUAAAAAAAUAACAAAAGAAAAUUUAAAAUUAGAUAUGCGAGAUUUCUUUUUUACCUCACAAGAGAAGGAUGUUUAUGAAUAUGUGCCAGAAACAUCUAAUUAUGCCAUAUGCCAUAAUGAUGCAAAUGAAUUAUAUAAAGAUGUAGUAACUAUGAAUAAGCAUUUUUUAGAUGAAAUAAAUGUUAAUAUAUAUUCGUCACCACUAGACACCUACUUAUCAAGCAUGUUAGCUGUAUCAGAUGGUCCAAAACAAAGGGAUACAAAUUCUUUAUUUCGAAAAAGUUCAAAAAAUGAAAAUAAUAAAAAUGAUUUAUCAGAUGAAAAAAAUAAACUGAAACAAUGCGACAUAUUAGAUGAAAAUUCUAUAAACAAACCAUUAUAUUCAUAUGAGUUCUAUAAAAAUAAAAUCUUCAAACAUUAUCACAAUAAUGGUCUAGUCAUCGAAAUAGAUCCCACAAAAUUAAAAUACAAUAAUUCUACUCACUUUGAAUAUGAUAAAAACAUGUCUACCUAUUUAAAUGACCCUUUAAGUUAUCUACAAAAAUUAAAGUGUGAAGUAGAAGAUAUAACUUCCUAUAUUAACGACUUAGCAAAUACUAAAACAGAACAAUUCGAUCAGAAUAAUCCAAAUGAUAAAUUAAAUGAAGAUAUGAUUGAACAUGAACAAAUUGUAAAGCAAAUUCUACAUAACAGAGAACCACCUGAAGUAUUGAUGGAAUUAUUUUCCCUGAAAAAUGAUAUUGACAACAUGUUAAAUGAUGAUGCUUUGAAAAAAUUGCUUAAAUCAGAAAAGAUGGAAAAAAAAAAACCCAAUCAGGAAAGCAUAGCCCCCAACGGUUUCUCCAAAGAUGUGAAAACUAUCCUUGAACAGUUACAAAAUUGGGACGAUGUUAAUGUGAAAAGAGAAGAAGAAGAAGAAGAAGAAGAAGAAGAAGAAAAAAAAAAAAAACAGAAAGACAAAGGAAAGGAUAAAAAGGUGAAUGAACUGAUUAACCAAAGGAGUGGAAAAGGCACACAUGAAGAUUUAUUUCCAAAACAACUCAAUAUUUAUACCCUGAAUAGUAGAAAAGAGAAAGAAGUCCAAACAUCUGAUUUACUGAUUCUGGAGAGAAAAAUUGCAAAUAUUGAAAAAGUUUUAGGAAUAGAUAAAAUGGUUAUGCUUCCAUAUGAUGACAUGAAUCAUGCUAUUAUCGAUUUAUAUAGUAAACUAAGUCUACUAGAUUCUAAUAAAUUAGAAAGUGUAAAAAAAAAAAUGCAAAAUCUUCAGUCAGAAUUUUUAAAUUUGAAAAAAUUUAAAAAAGAUCUUUUAAAUAUUUCGAAAGAACGAGGAAAUUACGAAGAAUCUAUUGAUGAAAUUUUUAAAAUUCUAGACAUGUGGAAAAAGACACAUCAUAUAAUUCCAAACGUGUUAGCUAGACUUUAUCAAUUGAAAAAGGUGCACGAUAAUGUCCAAUCCUUUUCUUCCAGGCUCGAUGAUUUGGAAAAACAACAGAUGAAGUUAGACGAAACUAUAAGUCUAGCUGAGCAGAAUAUAAAAUUAAUAAAUUUUAAGAUUAACGAAAAUAUAAAUUUCCUUCAAGAUACGUUAAAAAAGAUGGAAUUCAACGUAGUCCCCCAUAAUGAAUAA